GGCAUCUUAUCCAGGGAGCCCCAUGGGCACCAUGGAGUGAGAGCGGGAGGAACUGGAAGGAGAAGCUACUUUCUUUUGGAGGUAUUAGGCAUUAGACUGUGGUCUCACCUAAAAAUUCCCCAGGGUCUUAGCACAACUGGAUGUGAGGCCAGUCACGUUAGGCCCCAUAAAUUUUUCCGUCAACGGUGCAGAGGGGAAAUCAACAAGCUACCAGCAUGAAUUUCAAACCUCCAACAUCUGCUCUUCAGUUUGAGAGCAAAGGCAGCCGCAUCGCAGCCAGAAAUGGAAGUUGUUUUCUGGUCAGGAACACACCUCACCCGAGGAGAGUGUGUCACAUCAAAGGUUUGAAUAAUAUUCCAAUCUGUACUGUCAAUGACGACGAGGUUGCACUCAGAACGCUGUGGGGCGUUGGUCAGUUUAAUCACAUAGAGAAGGAAGAGAAACCAGUUUCCAAGUGCGGUGACCAACCACCCAGCACCACAGUGCCGCACAGCCCCAUCAGAGGAGUGUCACCCGCCCCAAACUGGGUCAAAGUACCCCCAAGGCCCCAUUCUGAGCCUAUUAGGAAAAUCAAAGAGUGCUUCAAAACUUCCAGUGAAAAUCCUUUAGUAAUUAAACAGGAAGAAAUUAAGGUCACAAAGCCACCAUCACCCCCAAAGACAAGCUCCGCUGCUGGCUCGUGUUCUUCUGAAGUGAUGGAUGCCAAGGUGGAAGUCAAAGAGAACACUGUGCGCAUACCUAACUAUCUGGAUCAGGAAAUCAAAAUCCUGUCAAAGCUCUGUGACAUUUUACAUACUGAUUCUCUGGCAGAAGUUCUACAGUGGCUGCUUCAUGCAACUACAAAAGAAAAAGAGUGGGUCUCAGCUGUGAUUCAUUCUGAGCUGGCCGAGGUAAACCUAUUGCCUCACCUAAGAAGAAAUACCAAGGCGGAAGCAGCUGCAGAGACUGGAAGGCCAAAGAUGGUCAAAUCACCCCCAAAUUCACCUGCAAAACCAAAAGUGCUGACCAAACCUAGAGAAGGACAUCAGCCAGCCAGAGUGUCAAGUCAAGGAUCUGAAGGAAAUAAGGAAAUAUCAAAAGGGUCUGAGCAAAAGUCACAGAUAUUCCUAACAAGAAGCAAGAUGAAAAUACCGGUUACUGAAUAUUUCAGCAAGCCCAAGUCUCCUCCCAGGCCCAACACUCAGGACAGUGGAUCAGCAAAAUCAGGAUCAGCAAGGAGUAUACAACAAGGACACAAUUUCUAUCCCCAAAGAGCCUUUUACCCUUGAAUAUACAACAGUGUAACUUCUACACAUGAAAAUCCUUUCUUAAAGAACUUAACACUGUUACAAAAUCAUUUUU